CAGCCAUAAGACCACAUCCCUGAUUUAUAGCAACCCUCUUCUUUUUGCGAUGAGUAAAGGGAAUCUCUGAUCAUCGUAUCCACCAGCCUCAAUGAACAAAACGUGGCUGGGCUCGUUAGACCGACAGACACCGUCGAGUAAGCGGCGCGGCCUGAUCCAGUCAAGUCCAAGCCUCAUGAAGCGUUCACCGUAUCCAAUCGUCCGAAAGGAAACCCGCUAUUCAAUUUAAGCAUGGCGCCGGACGGCAAACCGCAAAAGGCGGAUAAACAAGUGCAGCGCCUAGGCAUGACAAGCUUCGCUGUUGGUGUCCACGAGCCCAGGAAGGCUGGCAAGCAAGAAAUGGUCCCUUGUGAGCGCAUUUGUACUUGAACGUCUUCAGGCCCUUGUCCCUGCCCCUGGUCCUUUCCUGCCUCCUGCGUUAUCUCAAUCACGGCUACAUCUGCAGUGCGACAGGACCGAAUCGCUAUGGAAUACCGGAACUUACUCACUUUGGCGCUUGUGCCGUCGAUACUCUUCUUGCUUCUGUCGUUGGUUUCGGUGGCUUUGACGACGCACUACUGGAUCAUCGGCGAUUGGAUUACACCUAGAGGAGUGAAAGUACAGACCAGCACGUUCAACGACCGCACCCAGUCGUACACAAUCGACGAAACUAUCGUCUACUUCACGGAAAAUGACACCGAUGCGACCAUCGUUUCUGGAUGUCUAUGCCUGACCGCCGCUGUCGUGGCGCUCAUUGCAUGGGCGCAACUGCGAAAGCCGGGCAUGGAUACGCAAUUCGCAACUAACAAACGCCGUUUCUGGAUACUUGCUGUGGUCGUGACAACCCUCGUUGGCGCUGUCACUGCGCUAGUUUCCAUCAUUCUCCAUUACACCAACAAGGGCGACGAUGUAUUCGGCUGCAGAUCUGAGACACUUCAAAUGGCCGGAAAGUUCAACACGAACAAGUACUGCACAAGAGAAGUAGCCGCUUGCAACUUCCUCCCCAAGUAUUUGUCCAAAGGCGACAAAAGUAGCGCUGCACUGGGAUGCGCCGAGGCAAUUACCGUCAAAUGGCUGCAGAUUGCUCUGAUCUUCCUGGCGCUUCUCGUCCUUAACCUAUUCGCGGUGCAAGCAUGGCUGCGAAGGAAGACCCGACCAACACGAAUGACCGCAGCCGAGAAGGAACCGAUGCCCGUGGACUCGAACGAGCGCUUCUAA